AUGAAGAAGUUCAAAAAAGCCCUUCAUCGCAUCCAAGCGAAUGCUUCGGCAAAACGCGAGCGCCUCCGAGGAAAGUCUGCAGCCAAGCGUGAGCUUAACAAAGUGACCACUUCCGAAGUCCAGGCUUCCGAGGUCUUGUAUGAAUCUGCCCAAACCGAGAAUGCAAGCUUGGAAGUCCAGGCUUCCGAGGUCUUGUAUGAAUCUGCCCAAACCGAGAAUGUAGGCUUGGAAGUCCCCGGUCCAGCGGAUUCUGCUAUCCCGAAUGAGCCCGACCAAGUCGUGGAUCUAGUCCCGACAUCCAAGGUGUCGUACAUGUAUUCCGAUACCGCUCUCUUCUACAGCAGCUUUGUCGAGGGAAAUUUCGUGGAAAGGCUCUGGUUGCAGUUUGGCACAUGGGAAUCGUUUGAGAAUAGGUUCGUUGCAAAUUUGAGAAGCUACCACCCGGAUUAUAUGCCCGCGAACAGACGAAGCCCGUGUCCACUGGAUUGGCUGCCGCUGGAGAUCCGCGCGAAGAUCUGGAAGUACGUUUUUGAUGACUGCAACGAGGCAAUCAUUAUCGGGAACGAUAAAAUUACUCCCAAGAUACCGAGUUCCCUGAGAUUUUUAUCGUUCGACUGGAUGCUAGAGAUGUCGAUUGCGUACAUCAAUGCGCUGAGCAAUCGGACUCUGGUGGUGAUGGAUUUUCCCAGGCACGGCUACCUCACCCUCACCUGCCCAAUCUUCCGAGAGCUCAGCUUGAACCGAAUUCGAGCGAUAAAAUUCACGCUGGGCGACAAUGAAAUCGAGAAGGCAAGGAAGCGCACUUCUGAUUUUAUCAAGUUCAUGUUAAAUCACAAAAAUUAUGGAUUCAUGGCCGUCCGCACGGUGAUUGUCGAGUUAAGAAGGAACUGGGAGAAUGAGUUCUUCACCGAGAGCGAUCUCGCCUAUGUGUUGGUUUCUGGCGCAUUCGUUGCAGUGGAAAGAGUUCGAAUCCAUGGACAUAUCACAGAUGAGAAACUGAACCGUGUUCUGGAGCAAACCCGAAAGCUAGCGCAAACCCAAAAGCUAGCGCAAACCCAAAAGCUAGCGCAAACCUCGUACAUUGCACAAGACUCGCAGGUUGCGGAAGACUGGCAGUUUGCGGAAGGCUCGCAGUUUGCAGAAUACUGGCGGGUUGCGGAAGGCUUGCCGGUUGCAGAAGCCUCGUUCUGA